AUGGAAACAGCAGCAAGCAGAAAGCAUCAGCGUCAAACAGCGGCAAGCUGUGACAAUAAGCAGCAGAACAAGGCAGCACCAGCAAGAGGCAGCAUAAAACAGCAGCAGCAAGCAGCAGCAGCAAGCAGCAGAAACGAACAGCAGCAAGCAGGAGCAAGGGGCUCCAGCAAGCAGCAGCAACGAACAGCAGCAAGCAGGAGGGCAGCGCCAAGCAGGAGCAGCAGCACUCAGCAGCAGUUAAGCAGCUGCCGUAAGCCACAGCGGUAA